AUGGACGACAUUUUUGCUAGUGCUAAAAGUAUUCUUGUUGUCUGGGCUCCUGAUGUUAAUCCAGAAAAUUUACCAAUGUUUCAAGAAAAAAUUCAAACCAAAGCAAAACAAGCUCGUAUUGCAUUUGAAAAUGUUGAAAUGCUUUCAGAGUCUCAACGCUUAUCAUCAUCAUUUGAUUUAAUACUUUUUGGUCUUGUAAGUAAACGAGAUACACAAAUAACUAUUGAUAUAUUAAAUGAAUUAUUUCGUUUACUUGGUCCAAUGGGUUAUCUUAUAUCACAUGUUGAACAUACAAAACAAUCACAAACAAUUGAUCUAUUUAAAAUGUGUGGUUUUAGUAGUUGUAAUCCAUUAGAUGCAAAUUCAUCAUUUUUAAUUGAAAAUAAAGAUGAUAAUGUUAAAAAACUUGGUUCAUUAUGGUUAUGUCAAAAACCAUCAUUUGACAUUGGUUAUUCAGUACCAUUACGAAGUACAACUGAUACUCGUAUGGGACAAACAUCAUCAUCAACAGCUGGUGAAAAGAAAACAUGGACAAUGGAAGAUGAUGAUUUAAUUGAUACAGAUGAAUUAUUAGAUGAGAAUGAUCGAAAAAAACCUGAUGUUAAAAAAUAUGAUUGUGGUACAACAUCAACUGGUGUUCGAAAAGCAUGUAAAAAUUGUACAUGUGGUUUAGCACAAGAACUUGAACAAGAAGAACAUACAACAGCAAAAGAAACGGUUAAAUCAUCAUGUGGAAGUUGUUAUCUAGGCGAUGCUUUUCGAUGUGCUGGUUGUCCAUCACGUGGUUUACCACCAUUUAAACCUGGCGAACGUGUUACCGUGCCAAAUAUGUCCGACCCUCUUGUCUGCACUGUUAUUCCUGACAGUUAUGGAAAACGGGUCAUGUGUUAUUAUACGAAUUGGUCUGGUUAUCGACCAAGUGAUGGACGAUUUUCUAUUCAAGAUAUUGAUCCUAGUUUAUGUACACAUAUUAUAUAUUCGUUUGCAAGUGUUCGAGGAAAUGACUUAGGAACAACUGAAGGAAGUGAUCCUGAAAAUUAUAAACAAAUCCUUGCAUUAAAAGAAAAGAAUCCUGAUUUAAAAGUUAUGCUUGCUGUCGGUGGUUGGAAUCAUGGAUCAGGACCCUUUACACAAAUGGUUGCAACAGAAAAAUCACGACAAGAAUUUGUUGAAAAUUCAUAUAAUUUUCUUAAAAAAUAUGGUUUUGAUGGUCUUGAUCUUGAUUGGGAAUAUCCAGCUGAUCGUGGUAGUCCUUAUGAUGAUCGACAUCGUUUUACACAAUUAGUUGAGCAAUUAAGUGAAAAAUACAAACCUGAAGGUCUUUUAUUAUCAGCUGCAACACCAGCAUCACCUUCAAGAUAUGAUGGUAGCUAUGAACCUGAAAUUUGCAAACAUUUAGAUUUUAUUAAUAUGAUGACAUAUGAUUAUACUGGUCAAUGGGAAAGGACUGCUGGACAUAAUAGUCCAUUAACAAGUCAAAAAGAAACUGUUCAACAUAUGUUGAAAAAACAAGAUUGUACACCAGAUAAAUUAAAUUUAGGUAUGGGUGCAUAUGGGCGAACUCAUCAACUCGCUGAUCCUUCAGCGAAUGGAAUUGGUUCUCCUACUGUUGGUAGUGGUGCAAUGGCUGGCGCAUAUACAGGAGAAAGUGGUUUUAUGAGUUAUUAUGAAGUAUGUCAAAAACUUAAGGAAGGAUGGACAAAGGAAUGGUCGAAUCAACAUCAAGUACCAUAUGCCUAUUCUGGUUCGAAUUGGGUUGGUUAUGAUGACACAGAAAGUAUUGCUCUCAAAAUAAUACUUAGUGACAUUUCUAUGAAUCAAGUCAAACGACAAUUGAAUGAACAUAUGUCAUCUGAUGAAAAAACAAAAAAAUUACGAAAUUUAAAAUUUGACAAGAAUGGAACAGAGAUUACUUGUAUCGAACAUUUGUCAAAUGAAAUUUUUUAUGAAAUAUUCGAUUAUCUUGAUGGUUGUGAUAUUUUCGAUACAUUUUCAAAUCUUAAUAUACGUUUUAAAUGUCUCAUUCUUUAUUCAUCAUUACCAAUUAAAAUUCAUCGUUCAAUUUCAUCUAAUCAAAUUACCGAAUAUCAUUAUCAAAAACUUAUUAUACCAUAUCGACAUCGAAUCAUUUCAUUUCAUAUAAAUGAUAAAUCGUACAUGUCAUUUAGUUUUUCAUUACAUAUGAUUGAUGAGUCAUUCAGUCGUCUUGAAUCUCUUGUUCUCUAUAAAAUUCAAUAUGACAUCCUAAUAUACUUUCUUCCGAAUUUAAUUACUUUACCUCGUCUUUUCUCAUUGAAAAUUGGUCUUAAUGAUGGUUUAAGAAAUUUCUCGAAACUUUAUGGCUUGGUUUUUCGUUGCUAA